AUGGCUGAAGCUGAAGUCCGCAAGAGAACCCCCGAGGCCGAGGCCGUCGUCCCCCAGGACAACACCCCCAGCCUCAAAUCCCUCAAGGAUGCCAUUCCCCAGGAGUGCUUCGAGUCCUCGCUAGUCACCUCGCUGCUCUACCUCGCCCGUGACAUCCUCUACUGCGCCGUGCUGGCCUAUGGCGCCUUCCACAUCCACCUCCUCCCCUCGUUGCCGCUGCGCAUCGUCGCCUGGGCCGCCUACACCUUCUUCCAGGGCUGUGUCGGCACGGGGCUCUGGAUCCUGGCCCACGAGUGCGGCCACGGCGCCUUCUCGCGCUACCCGCGCAUCAAUGACUUCAUCGGCUGGGCGGCGCACUCCUUCCUGCUCGUGCCCUACUUCUCGUGGAAGAUCACCCACGCCCGCCACCAUCGCUACACCGGCCACAUGGACCGCGACACCGUCUUCGUGCCCUGGACGGCCGAUCAGCUCGCCGCGAAGAAGAACGUCCGCCUCGACCAGCUGCGCCACCUCGCCGAGGAGACCCCCAUCGUCACCUUCGUGCAGCUGCUCGGCCACCAGCUCGGUGGCUGGCAGCUCUACCUGCUCACCAACGCCACCGCCGGCGCCCUGUCCUGGCCCGAGGGUACCCCCAAGACCGGCGUCGCCAGCCACUUCAACCCCGUCGGCGCCCUGUGGACCCCCGCCCAGCGCCUCUCCAUCGCCCUCUCCGAUCUGGGCCUGCUGAUCAUGGGCGCUGUGCUGUGGUUUGCCAGCACCCGCAUCGGCGUCGCCAAUGUCAUCCUGCUGUACUUUAUCCCGUAUCUGUGGGUUCACCACUGGCUGAUCGCCAUCACCUACCUCCAACACACCCACCCGGCCCUGCCGCACUACACGGCCGAAACCUGGACCUACACCAAAGGCGCGCUGGCCACCGUCGACCGCACCAUGGGCUUCAUCGGGCGCCACUUCUUCCACGAGAUCAUCGACUACCACGUCGUGCACCACCUGUUCAGCCGGAUCCCGUUCUACGAGGCCGAGCGUGCGACGCGCGCCAUCCAGCCGUUGCUGGGCGCGCAGUACAACGAGGACAAGCAGGAGAGUUUCCUGGGCUCGUUGGUGAGUACGUUCCGGAGCUGUGUGUAUGUAGCGCCGAGUGAGCCGGGCGUGUUGCAUUUUGUGACGCGGAGGGAGUAG